GUUUCUACUCUAAGCUCACUGCGCAUGCUCCAUCACGGAACCAACAUGGCUGCCGCUCUGAGGUUGGGCGCUCUUGCCGGCAGAAUUCUGUCAAAUUCUCAGGCAUCAGGAUUGAGUCAUGGAGUCAAGCCCCUGGCUACAUCCAGAUCGUUCCACUUCACCAUAGAGGGGAGACGCAGCGAUGCAAAACUCUCAGAAGGCAAUGUGGGCACAAACAACUACCCCGUUGUGGACCACACGUACGAUGCCGUGGUGGUUGGAGCCGGCGGGGCUGGUCUCCGAGCGGCGUUCGGUCUGGCGUCGGAAGGCUUCAAGACCGCCUGUAUCACUAAACUGUUCCCCACCAGAUCUCAUACUGUGGCUGCUCAGGGUGGUAUCAAUGCAGCACUGGGGAACAUGGAACCAGACAACUGGAGAUGGCACAUGUACGACACAGUGAAGGGCUCUGAUUGGUUGGGAGACCAGGAUGCGAUCCACUACAUGACAGAGGAGGCACCACAAGCUGUCAUUGAGUUGGAGAACAUGGGCAUGCCGUUUAGCCGUACAGAAGACGGGAAGAUUUACCAGCGAGCGUUUGGCGGGCAGAGUUACGACUACGGGAAGGGUGGACAGGCACACAGGUGCUGCUGUGUGGCCGACCGAACUGGACACUCCCUCCUGCACACCCUGUAUGGACAGUCCCUGAGGUAUGACACGGAGUACUUUGUGGAGUAUUUUGCCCUGGACCUGAUCAUGAAGGACGGAGAGUGUAUCGGAGUCAUCGCCAUCAACAUGGAGGAUGGAACCAUCCACCGCUUCCACGCCAAGAACACCGUUCUCGCUACCGGCGGUUACGGCCGCGCCUACUUCAGCUGCACGUCGGCACACACGAACACGGGCGACGGUACCGCCAUGGUAACCCGCGCUGGGCUGGCCAAUCAGGACAUGGAGUUUGUGCAGUUCCACCCAACAGGUAUCUACGGCGCUGGUUGCCUGAUCACUGAGGGUUGUCGUGGCGAGGGCGGAUACCUCAUCAACAGCGAGGGCGAGCGCUUCAUGGAGCGCUACGCUCCCACCGCCAAGGAUCUCGCUUCCCGUGACGUGGUGUCCCGCUCCAUGACUAUCGAAAUCAGAGAGGGAAGAGGGUGUGGUCCGGAGAAGGACCAUGUGUACCUCCAGCUGCACCACCUCCCGCCCGAGCAGCUCGCGGCGCGCCUCCCCGGGAUCUCCGAGACCGCUAUGAUCUUCGCUGGCGUCGAUGUGACCCGUGAACCCAUCCCCGUCCUCCCCACUGUACACUACAACAUGGGAGGUGUGCCUACUAACUACAAGGGACAGGUUGUACAACAUGACUCGGAGAAGGGUGACUACAUUGUUCCGGGUCUGUACGCGUGCGGAGAAGCAGCCUGCGCCUCCGUGCACGGGGCCAACCGUCUGGGCGCCAACUCGCUCCUGGAUCUGGUUGUGUUCGGCCGUGCGUGCGCUCACACCAUCCGCGAUGAGAACAAGCCCGGAGAGGCCAUCGCAGACUUGCCUAAGCAUGCGGGAGAGGAGUCUGUAGCAAACCUUGAUGCUGUUCGUUACGCAAACGGCAGCGUCCCCACAGCUGACCUCAGACUACAGAUGCAGAAGACCAUGCAGGCCCAUGCCGCAGUGUUCCGUACCGGUGAUGUUCUGAAGGAAGGAUGUGACAAGAUCAGUGAACUGGUCAACAAGAUGGACGAUAUCAAGACGUUUGACCGCGGUGUCGUGUGGAACACUGACCUGAUUGAGACCCUGGAGCUCCAGAACCUGAUGCUGAAUGCUGCACAGACCAUGUUCUCUGCUGAAAACAGGAAGGAGAGUCGGGGAGCACACGCACGGGAGGACUUCAAGGACCGUAUUGACGAGUAUGACUACUCCAAACCUGUGGAUGGACAGAAGGCACGGCCAGCGGCUGACCACUGGAGAAAACAUACCCUGUGUAAAAUGGACGAUGGCAAAACUGUUGACCUGUCCUACAGACCAGUCAUCGAUGAAACAUUGGACGAACAGGACUGCAAGCAUGUCCCACCAGCCAUCCGCUCCUAUUAAAACUGUUGUUCUCUUAGUAAUACACAGAAAGUAAAAAUAAAGAGCUGCUUUGCUAUCAAUAUAUACUUAAACACAGAUACCAGCAAUAGUAAGGGACAUUGUAAAAAGUGUUGAAAGUAUAUAUGUCUAAAAGUAGGUUGUUGGAAUUGAUAGAUUCUGUGAAAGUAUACAUGUAGGGUCAAAUGCUUUUGCAAGAUUGGCAACAACUUUGGGGAGGGGGGCAUAGUUCUGGGAUGUAUCACACAUGCAUGGACGAUGCUUCUUGCAGAAAUAUUGAAUAGCAGACAACAAGAUAUCAAAUCUUAAAAAGACUACUCUGCAUAUGGAUUUGAAUACGAAUUAGUUUAAUAGAACAAUGGUGGGUGUAUCUUUGGACAUUUUAUCCACUUCCUGUUACUCUGAUGUGCUUUCCCCCACGUUUUCCCAAUGCCUAUGUAGUAAACACUAAAAUGUAUGUGAAUAUUGUGUGACUCUUGCUAACGGUGACUGGGGAAAUAACAGUAUUAGAACAGUAACAAAUGUUCAUGAAAUGACUUACUAGUAAAGUUGACAAUUUCAAAAGAAUUUGGUACAUUUUCACUGCACACUCUAGCUUAUGCAACAAAAAUGUGGGUAACCACGUACUUCAAAAGUCUUGCUUCUAGCUCGAGUGUUUUUUUCUCUUGACGCAAACCAUAGCUUAUGCAUUCUGUUUUGUGACUUUCCUUACUACAGACACGAUAUUUGUAUAUGCAUGUUCUGCUGUGCUGUGAAUAGAAGAUCAUUCUUACAGGAGAAAUGUUGCAAAAUAUACCACUAACAAACAAAA